AACAUUCAUUCACCUCCAGGUCCUAAUUAAAGAUGAGCUACCCAGGAUACCCUCCUCAGUCAGGCGGAUACCCCCCACAGGCAGGGGGCUACCCACCUCAGCCCGGUGCAUACCCACCUCAGGCAGGUGGCUACCCUCCGGCAGCAGGCGGUUACCCACCUGCAGCCGGCGGCGGCGGCGGCUACCCUCCUGCAGCAGGCGGCUACCCCCCACAGGCAGGCGGCUACCCCCCACAGGCAGGAGGCUUCCCCCCUCAGGCAGGAGGAUACCCACCCCAGGCUGGAGGAUACCCUCCCGCAGCAGGCGGUUACCCACCAGCAGCAGGCGGCUACCCUCCCCAGGCUGGUGGCUACCCUGCUCAAGCUGGAGGCUUCCCUCCGCAGGCUGGAGGAUACCCAGCUCAGGCUGGAGCAGGAGGCUAUCCCUCCCAGCAGCCAGCAGCUGGAGGAUGGGGAGCAGCACCAGCUGGCUAUGGAGCGCCAGGGGGGGCUCCACAGGGAUACCCAGGGGGCCCCGCCCCAGGCCAGCCCAUGCCAAAUUACCCCGGAGCCCCUGCGACUAACCCCUCCAUGCCUGGGUAUGGAAGUGGAGUUCCAUCCAACCCUCAGGCACUUGCCAGUCAUAAAGGUUUCAGGGGUUCAAUAAAAGACUUCCCAGGGGCGGAUCCACUGAGGGAUGUUGAAGUUCUCAGGAAGGCCAUGAAGGGUUUUGGUACUGAUGAAAGUGCCAUAAUUGAACUGCUGGGAAAUCGUAGCAACAAGCAGAGAGUUCCGUUGGUAGCAGCCUAUAAAACAACUUAUGGAAAGGAUUUAUUCCACGAUCUGAAGUCUGAGCUAACUGGAAACUUUGAGAAGCUGGUCUUAGCCAUGCUGAAGAGCCCCUCACACUUUGAUGCGUCUGAGCUCAGAGAGGCUAUAAAGGGUGCAGGAACUGAUGAAGCCUGUCUGAUUGAGAUUCUGUCAUCCCGCUCCAAUGAUGAGAUACGUGAAAUCACAAAAAUCUACAAAGCAGAGUACGGGAAGAGCCUGGAGGACGCGAUCAGCAGCGACACGUCCGGUCACUUCCGCAGACUCCUGAUCUCUCUCAGUCAGGGAAACCGCGACGAAAGGGAGACUGUAGACGUCUCUCUUGCCAAACAGGACGCUCAGAAACUGUAUGCAGCCGGGGAAAACAAAGUGGGGACGGACGAGUCUCAGUUCAAUGCCAUCCUGUGUGCUCGCAGCAAGCCUCACCUCAGAGCAGUGUUCCACGAGUACCAGCAGAUGUCCGGCAGAGAAAUGGAGAAGAGCAUCUGCAGGGAAAUGUCUGGGAAUGUUGAGUCUGGCAUGGUGGCUGUGGUGAAAUGCAUCAAGAACACCCCUGCCUACUUUGCAGAAAGGCUGCACAAGGCCAUGCAGGGAGCGGGGACCAAGGACACCACCCUCAUCCGCGUCAUGGUGUCCCGCUCUGAGAAAGACAUGUUGGACAUCAGACAGGCGUAUAUGCAGACUUAUGGGAAAUCAGUGUACACUCACAUCUCAGGUGAUACCUCCGGGGACUACAAGAAGCUGCUGCUGAAGCUGUGUGGAGGUAGCGAUUAGAAAGGAAGCUACCACUUCAUCCGGACACAAUGUACGUCCUCACUGAAACAACGUUAUAGGACUUAUGAUGCAUGCUGUUUAACAUCACGACCGUCAAUCAUUAUUAUGAUUUUUGUGUUCUCUUCAGUCACAUUGGAUGAUAUUUUUGUUGCUACAAUGUGUGAAUGUAGAUGAUUGCCAAAUAGUCAAUAUAUAUUAAUAUGAAUAUUUUUUAAGGACGUAGUAGCUUUAUCAUUAGGGGGUAAAAAGUAGGGUCCUAAAGAAAAUAGUGGGUGUCAGAAAUUUUCACACACAACUAUUCUAAAUGGUAACUAUAUUGUAGAAUACUAUUAAUAAUAUUAAACUAAUGUCUAAAUUCCAAGUCUGAUUUAUUUCAAGAAAACUGUUAUAGGAACAAUAUAAUUAACACAGUAAAAAAAUAAGAUGCAGAAGAAGAACCAGUGUCUCAUUUACCUUAUACAUAAAUUCAUUUCAUGAGGAAACAGUUAGCAAAUAACUGCACACAUGUAGUGUUUCUCUUUUCUGGAGGUAAAGUUAACCUUCAUGUCAAGCAUUUCAACUGUACAUGUUUAUAUCAGAGCCCUUGAAAGAGAGUUGCAACAUCUCCAUUCACGCCAAUGGACGUUUUUUUUUUACAGAAAUGACGGCUCAUGGAGCCGCUCAACUCUCUAAUCUUUAAAUAUUAGCAAAUUUACAUUUGAAAAAAAUUAAAUAUUUAUGGAACUACAUAUAUAUAUCUUUAUAUGUUAUAUUAUAUACAUAUUACGGUGUGCUGUAUAAAUAUUGUAAAUCAAUGCAGUUAUUGAUUACAAAUUACUGAAAUUCGCAGUUCUGCCACUCUUAGUAAUGGAUUUGAAUUUCCCGCUAAUAACUUCCAGGAACUAUCUGAAGUCUACAUGAAUCACGUGACGGUCAAGCAUUUUGAACUUCUGUUGUCAUAACUCUCUCUUUCAAGGGCUCUGGUUUAUAUAUACUUUGUGUUGUGAAGAUAAUACACAACUUCUAACCAAUGAUGCAUGCCUUAUUCUCAUGUAGAGUACACAUGAUCAUUUAUUGCUCGUUUGUCAUAAUUAAAUUAAUUUCUUGAAUGUAAAAAAUAUAUAUCUAGAAAAGGCAUUUCUUUAUCUUAAAGUCUCAAUGUUGAAUAAGAAGACAUUUAAUUGCAUGCAAUUCUAUGCAAACUUCACUUAGCAUCAGCUUUGCAAAGCUUUUAAUCUGGAAUACGUAGGCCUUUUCGAUAUACAGUACAGUGCUGAGUAUUUACAGACAAUGUUGCCUUUUUUUCAUGAAUGUUCAGAAGCCAAAGCUUUAACACAGAUCAUAUUGUGCCUUUCUCUCAGGGCUGCUGUGUAAUUCUGUCCCCAGCUAGUUUCCCUUGCACUGUGGUUUAUUACACAAACAAUCAAUAAUUAACUUUGUGUGGGUGCAGUAAUGUUUUUUUUAGUUGUUUUUUUUAGAUAUUUUGGUUGUCAA